AUGCCUAUUGACACGGAGGAAAACUCUGUUACUAACGACCACAACAGCAUAGAUUCUAUUAAUCGGAGUAGUGACUUGAGACUUGUAGUCGUAUCUAAUGGGGUUGCGAUACUACCAUGUGAUUCCAAAGCUGAACCUUCAUCUCCUGUUCAGUACCGUUGGACAAAAGAUAAUUUACCAGUCGAUGUAUUCAGCAAUGGGCGUAUAAAUAUAACAAGCGAGGGUCAUCUGUUGUUGAAAGAUGCCAUGGAAGAAGAUAGCGGCGUAUAUGUAUGUCAAGCUUCUACUAAUGACAUGGUCACUGAAGUCAAUGUAACUCUCAUAGUCUUAGUGCCCGAUGUCUCCCCAUACUUCACUAAUUUUUCUGAGCCUAAUGUUACGAUUCAACGUACAACGAGUUCUUCUGUGACACUUCGGUGCCCAGCCAAAGGACAUCCUACUCCAUCAAUAAAAUGGAUAAAAGACGGAAUUCAGUUUGACCAAAAUAUGACAAAACCUCCUGAUACUAAAGUGGAAUUUGGAAGGUGGUCUCUUACAUUAAAAAAUAUGAAAGUGGCCGACAGUGGUAAUUAUACUUGUAUCCUCACCAAUAAACUCGGAAGUAUCAACGCUACGUUUCAGGUCCAAGUUACUCGAAAAGAAGGAGCUUCCACCUUUAAUUCGACGCGACCAGAUUUAUCCGUGUUUCAUCCUCUUAACACUACUGUGAAAUAUGGAUCGUCGGCAACUUUUCAAUGCAGAGUUCGAAGUGAAGCACCACCUAACAUUCAGUGGUUAAAAAAAGUUGAAGAUUCUGAACUGCCAGCUCUAGAGAAAGAGCAUCAUGAUAUUAUUAAAGUUCAAGGUGAAAACUUCCGAGUUCUUCAAUCAUCAGAGGUUGUGGAAAGAUCAGAUGGCUCAUUUCUGAAUAAGUUGACUAUUCCCGAAGUAUUUGAAGCUGACAGUGGGAAAUACAUUUGCCUUGGGGCAAAUGCAAUGGGUUACAGUUUUCGCAGUGCAUAUCUUACAGUGUUACCAAAGCCCCGAGCACUACCUCUCGGCUGGAGCAGAAGUGUUGCUGUCCAUCCAGGCCAUCCAAGCUCCUUACUAGUAGCCAUUCCAAUAACAUUAGGUGUACUUGUUGGUGUUCUUGUUGCACUUGUAGUUUUAUGCCACCGCCGAAGGCUAGAUACCUCUGUACCACUUCAAGCUUCAGGGUACCGAAAGGAGGAUAUGAAGAGGCCUGCACGAACAGCAACCACAAUAUUGGAUACAAAUGAUGAUAAGAAAGUGGACAUCGGACAGUUUUCUGCUGAUGAAACAGAUGGUUUUAAAGAGGACCUCCCAUGCACAUCAAGGUUGCAAUCUGAAGUUGAGCUUGAAGGAACCGGGACCGUGGUAACUAAGUUGUGCAUGGAGCAGAAUUCUUCUAGCAACUAUGAUGGUUGUUUCGUAAUGAAAAAUGACGUGUAAUAAGCUUUGAUAUCCCCAAAAAGGAGUAAGAUUCAUAGGAAGCUUAUUCUACUGCAUAUAAAUAUUUAUCGUUGUAAAACUUCAAAGGAUCACUAAUUCGAUAUCCAUAGUGACUAUUUAUCUGUAUUUUAAAUCCAUAUUUUUAAGCAAAAAGUGCAUAUUUUAGUCUACAGUUUAUUGUCAAAGUGUACUUAUAUCAAAAGAUAUAUGAUCAUCAAUUUAUUUCAAUAUUUUAAGUCAUUUCCUCCAUCUGGUGUUUCUAUUUACUUUUUAAACUUAAAAAUUGGAAAAUUAACCGCGGAUGAUUGAUUACUUUGAAUGUUUUUGGAAAACGGAAAGUAAGAUAACUGAAAAAUAUUAUAUUAAGGCUAUCUUCCUGCACAAGUAAUAGCUAUUUAUUUUGAUGUAAGUUAUUUCGCUUUGAUGUAUUACAAUCUAAGUCUAACAAUUUUAUGAGAAAUGAAUGUAAUGGAUGGAUUGAAGUUCUUAAAUAAAUAUUUUAAUUCUUAUGAA